AUGGCUGACAUCCCGCAGUUCGAUGAAGCUAUGGAGCUCACCGACGAAGACCUCGAAGCGAUGGAGCUCCCGGAUGACCCCUCUGGAUCCAACAUCCCGCGCGCCCGCUCGCCCACGGAACUCCCCGCGUCCAAGAAACCGUGCGUCGACGCUGACCCCAGCUCUCCCCACGAAUCAGCUGCUGCCACCUCUGGAAUCAUGGAGGGGCCCGCCGGCACGCCCGAGAAACCCGUGACGUUGACCACCAGCAUGAGCGCCUCCGCCGCUGCAGCCUUCGCCUCGACUCCGAGCGUCGCUGUUCCCGCUCACCCGGCUCUUAUGACCCCUGGCCCGAGCUCCUCGACCCCGAUCGGCCCCGAUGUGAGCGCCGAAAUGAACGCCACGGCGCUCCCGCUUGUGGAGACGCCCCCCGAACCCGAGAUGCCGCGCUCCUCCCGUCAGCCGGCCCCGCCUCCCCCGACUCUGACCCCCCCCAUCCUCAUGACGAGUAGCCGCUCCGUGGUCACUCUACUCUUCCCGGAGGCUGGAGCUGACGCUAUCCGCGCCACACUCAUCUCCAAAAUCCUCGCGAAAAUGAAGCCAUCCCUCUUCGACUGUGGAUAUGUUCCUGACGCUCGCCCCACCAAUGGAGAAACCAUGCGCUUCGCCGGACGGUCAUAUGCGACAAUCUGCUUCUCCUGGCCUACUGAACAAUCUGCCUGCAAAUUCCUCCCCAUCUUCGAUCACCCCAUCGAGCUCGCCCCUGGACGGUCCAUCCUGGUCAAACCGUACGAUGACCCCCACCCCGAUUUCACCACGGCCAAAGCGAACGGAGCCCCCGUGCUCUCCCUCAACCACCGCGUGGAGGAUCACGCGACCUUCCCCGUUAAGCACAAGGGACGCCUCAACAACAAGGCGCACAUCACUGUUGCCCAGCUGCAGAAGGCAAAUGGAAGCGCCAUUGGAGCCCGUUCCGCGACCAACGCCUUCCGUGCCGACCCCGGGCUUCUCUACAUCGGCACGGACAUGGAUGUCGAGCCAUGGACUUGCGUGGCCUGCAACUUCGAGUGCGGCCCAGCGCUCGACAGUGCGCUGCAGCAUAUCGACUCUGCACAGCACCAUGCCCAGCUGCUUGUCAGCGCACGCAACAAGGCAACCAAGGAAAAGUUCCUCUCUUGGAGCUACUCUACCUUCAUGAAGGAAGGGGGCUUCGAGGACUUCCUCAAGAAGCUGAAGAACGCGUCCCGUGCCUAA